AUGGACAGCCUACUUCAGCAAAUCCAGACGGCCGCAUUGCAGGCGGAUGCCGCAGGAAGACACAAGGUGCUCGAUUUCCUGAGAAGCCUUCAGCUUAAACUUGAGACUCCACACGACGCCCUGUCGCGCUACUCGGGCUUGCACCUAGAGAUCACGGCAGCCCGCAUCGCCGAGGAUCUCGAUAUCUUUGAGACCCUCGCCAGCUCCGACAAACCCUUGACGUCGGCCGACCUGGCUGCCAAGAAGGCUGCGUCGCCGUUAUUGCUUAGCCGCAUCCUCCGAUACCUUGCGUCUGUUGGCAUGGUCACCGAGUCAGGCCCGGAUUCCUUCACUGCCAACGCGCUGACCAAGACGCUGGCACAACCCGGCUACCGAGGUGGCAUCUAUCACUUUUUUGACAACUGCGGGCCUGUCUUCCAGGCCCUCCCGGCCUUUCUCGCCGAGACCAAGUAUCAAGACGUCAGCGAUGCCGCCCACACGGCGUUCCAGAAGGCCUUCCCAACGGAGCUGCCUGCCUUCAUGUGGCUGCCCACCCAGCCAGAACGCUUCGGUCCCUUGCAGCAGGUCAUGACUGUCCAGGGCGCUAUCGGUGUUCCCUGGUUCACUGUCUUCCCCUUCGAGCGCGAGCUGGCGGGCUUCGAUGGUCAGCAUGUCCUCGUCGACGUCGGUGGUGGCUUCGGCCACCAAUGUGCUGCCCUGCUCGGCGCCUUCCCGCAGCUGAAGGGCAAGCUCGUACUUCAGGAUCUCCCGCAGGCGCUGGCCCACCUGCCCCCCGGCAUGACCAUUCCCGAGGGCAUCGAGGCGGUGCCCCACGACUUCUUCCAGGAGCAGCCGGUCAAGGGUGCCCGCUUCUACUACCUGCGCCAGAUCCUGCACGACUGGCCUGACGACAAGUGCGUCGCUAUACUGAAACAGCUCAUCGCGGCCUUAGGCCCACAAUCGCAGAUUCUCAUCGACGAGAUGGUUCUGCCCGAUGCCGGUGUCACCUGGGAGGCGGCCACCCUUGACCUCACUAUGAUGUCGUCGCUGGGCUCGCGCGAGCGUACUGUCAAGGAGUGGAAUACUCUCCUCGACCAGGCUGGCCUCAAGGUUCAAAGCAUCCACACCUACCUACCUCGCCGCCAGGACUCCAUCAUCCAAGCUGUGCCAAAAUAG